AUGGCAGCCAUGUUCAGCUUAGCGACCUUCGCAGUGGGUUUGUGGAUUAUCGUGUCUUGUAAAACCUUGGCAUACGUCAUACAAGUGAUGGGAAGCUCCGGGAUGAAGACGAUUUUCACGCAAGAUAUUCUGACCGUACAGCUGGGUAUCGGCGUCUCUCUUCUCAGUCUGUUCUUCUUCUUCAUCUCACUUAUGGGCCUGUACGGCUCCAUAUAUUGCUCCCAAUUCCUGUUAUUUAUGUACGCUGCUUUAAUUCUGCUUAUAAUGCUUCUGGAGUGCGCGCUGUUCUUCUAUUUUACUUCUAAUAUCCUUGAGAAAGGUGUGGAAGAAACUGACGGCCAGUUGGCACACGCGCUGCGCUUGGCGCUGCGCUGCUGUGACCGUAACGACACGAUGACUGAAAAAAAUCCGCCUUGGUCCUGCUGCGGUACAAAUUAUAUAAAAAAUUGUACACAAGACAAUUUUUUUGAAAAGAAUUGUAAGCAAUCUAUGUCCGACUGGUUGCAUCGUUAUGAAACAUUUAUUUAUGGGACUAUAGCGGCGACGCACAUACUAUUGUCGUCCUCUUCUCUCCUAAGACGUGCGAGCAGUGCAUCUCGCUCACACACCUAGCGGUCACAGCGCCAGUCUGGCGCUCAAAACAAAACAUUGCGGCGUGGACGCGUGACGCCCAGUGACGACACAGAGCAACCCGACGAUGUGAUGAUGGUUGUGUUGGGGCGAGCCAGGAUUGGGUGGAUGGACAAACAUACAUAAUUACUAACUGAUUCGGCAUAACUUUAUUCUGCCUUAUCGUUUGCAUGUAAACGCGUACGACCUUAGCUCAAUACCACCGAAUUUAUAUAUUUAGUAGUUUAAAAAAACCAAAAAAUCACGUUUUAAUAAUGCAAACAACUAAAUUGCCUAAAUUGUAUUGUUACCAACCCUUGAUAAGUAUAUAAAUUUUAAUUAAAACUGUCCGUUUAAAGUGGACCAAAAUCGAGACAGGCCAAGCUACUAAAAGUGUGUUGAUUUCAUGGAAUCGUCCCACCAUGGUUGACUACAGAUGGCAACUAACACUGUGACAGGAGAAUUUAAUAUACUAUUCGCAUACAUGGGAAUAGAUUUAACAUUUUUAUAAACGUAACACAAAUACUUUGCCAACGUUGAGACGUCCCUCAGGCACAUGAAACCGAAAGAGUAGAAGAAAUUCGAUUACUGUGGCGGGAUCACGGGUGGCCGAAUGGCUAGGCGUUGCUACGGUUUGGCAAAAAGCUGCGGGUUCG